ACAAGUAUCUGUAUAUGACUGGAGAUCUUAUAGCUCACAAUCUUUGGGAAACUACACGAAAGAGCAACUCAAAACAAAUAAGAGAUCAAGGAACAUCUUUUCAAGAACAUUUUAAAGGAACAAUGAUUUUUCCUGUUUUGGGAAACCAUGAGCCACAUCCAGCCAAUGUGUUGGCACCUCUGGACAUAAAUGUCCCUGAGUAUAAUGGCCAGUGGUUGUACGAAGUUUUCUACGAUUCUCUGUGCAAAGAUUUACCUCCGGAGGCCAAAACUACAUUUAUGAAAGGAGGAUUCUACUCAGUGUCUCCAGAAGAAGGUUUUCGUGUUAUUGGGCUCAACACCAUGUUUGGAUACUGUUUUAAUUGGUGGAUGAUCCUAGACCCAGUAGACCCUGCAGAUCAGCUGGCAUGGCUCGUAGAAGAACUUUUGGAGGCAGAGCGUAAAAAGGAGAAGGUUCACAUACUGAUGCAUGGACCACCCAGUGAGCCCGACACUCUACAUGUAUGGAGCAGAGAGUACCACAGAGUGAUGGAGAGGUUUCAGGACACAGUGGCUGCCCAGUUUGCGGGUCACACUCACAAAGAUCAGUUUUAUUUGUUUUAUGGUCAAAACACUACAGCAGACCCUUAUUCAGUAUCUUGGAACGGAGGGAGUGUUACCACAUAUACAGAUGCAAACCCCAAUUACAAGGUCUACCAUGUUAACCAUCAAAACUAUAUGGUGGAAGAUAUUGACACAUACAUCUACAACUUAACAGAGGCUAAUCUCAACCAAGGAAAAUCUCCAGACUGGUUUAAAUUGUAUUCCUUCAAAGAUGCAUACGACCUACCAUCACUAUCAUAUAAAGAUUUGGAUGACUUAGUAACCAAAUUGGCAGUUGAUGAUAGAUACUUCCGUAAAUACAAUUUGUAUUUUUAUAAAAACAGUGAUGUUGCAUAUGAACAAGAUUGCACUGGUAGUUGCCGUCAGCAACAACUAUGUUUGAUUGUCUCUACAGCCAAUGAAAUUGAAUGUGAAAGUAUACUGCUCAGCGACUAGGAAACAGAAAAUACUGUAAACAACUCAGGGAUAAAUAAUGCGA